CUCGCAGAUUGACACUGGUGGUAGUGAGUGGAGGCAAGAUGGCGGCGCCCAUGAGGAGGACGCUGGUGGCCCUUCACAGGACAACAUGUAUAAAUUUAAAGAACGCUGAGGCGUCGCUAGACGUGCGACAUCCCGUCCCGCUUUACCUGCCGGUCCGGACCAAGAAGCGGUACUUCAUCCCUCCAGCUGUUGGGGUGAAGGGGAGGGAGGAAGUGAACCCAGAGGCCAAGGCCAGAGCGGCGGGCACCGUCAUGAGGCAGCAGUUCUUUGAGCGGCCCAUCAACAUCUCCUGCACCGCUGGAGUCUUGGACCCUUACGUCCCCCCAGAGGGCGAUGCUCGUCUGUCCACUCUGUCUAAAGAAGGCCUGAAGCAACGAACCGAGCAGAUCCGACAGAGCGCCGCCUCACAGCUGGCGAUUCGUAAAAUCAAAGAGCACGACGCGACUUUUUCGACCAAGGACUUCGCGGUGCAGGCUCAGGAAAUCUUCAUCGAGGCCCACAACGCCCUGACGCAGUUCAACAAAGAGAAACUUCACUCCCUGGUGACAGAGAGGUGUUACCCCGAGAUGACUCGGGGAAACCGCUACAAGACGAUCCGCUGGCGGUUCAUCGAGUCCCUGGAGCCUCCCAGAGUGGUCCAGACCCGCUGCCCCGACAUGCUGACCAAAGGCAACCUGUACGGUCAGGUGACGGUCCGCAUGCACUCCAAGCAGACUCUGGCCAUCUACGACCGCUUCGGGAGGCUGAUGCUGGGCAGCGAGGAGCAGCCGAAGGACGUCUUGGAGUACCUGGUCAUGGAACGACACCUCAUCAACCCCUACGGCCGCUGGAGGUUACACGGGAAGAUAGUGCCGUCCUGGGCUCCUGCCAAGGACGCGAUUAUUAAGACGGUGGCGAUUCCUGGUCCAGAGCUGGAGCCGUGGGAGGAAUUCGACGCCCUCAACUAUGAAGUUCCCAAACCGGCAGCAGUACAGUGGUAUAAAUAGACCACCAGGUGGCACUGUUCUUUACACCAAACCACAGCAGGAGACUUUGUUAGCAGUCAUGGAGCCAGAGGCUGUAAAAUGUUUAGCUAGUGUGGUUGUAGUUUGUUAACAACAAGCUCUUCACUGUUUGAAAAAGAAUAUUUGCAGCAUCUGAUGUUUUAGGAUGUUGUCACUGCUUCUUUAUGAACAGUAAAUCCAAUAGCAAUGGUCCAAUAUAAUAACAGUUCUCUCUUUUUUUUUUUUUUUUGAUUUGUUACACAUAUUUUUAUGUUUUUGUCGAGAGACUAAUUUAAAUGUGUCCAUUUGGGGGAAAAAAAUAAAACAAACAAGAUCUACAGAAAUUGAAUGGUUUAUUAUUAUUGUUUCUUUGAUGAAUAUACUGCAUGUUGACCUCAGGAAAUACAAAAAUAAAGUGUCCCAGCUGCUUUUUCUUCACACCAGUACAUGUCAGUGCAAAUCAAGGUUACAGCAACAUCAUCGUGUUUUUAGGUGUUUUUUUUUUUUUUUU